UGCGCAUUCGGAUGUGGAGUGGAUUUGGCCGAAACGCAACGUUUUUGCUGCAACAAACGCAGUAAAUAAACCUUUGUGUCUAUUUUUGGACUCUGAAAAGAUCCGCAUAAUCCAGAAGGAGAUUUUUCAGAACACAUCUAAAGGAAAUUUUGAGUUGUUCAUCUGCAGAGAAAAAAAAAACUUUGGAGAUAGUGCGUCUGUCAAAGUGAUUUUUUUUUUCAGGAACCGAAGCAAUCAAGAUGUCAGAUAUAUCUGUGAACGACCAUCUUGAGGGGAUAUUGUCGGAUUUUGAGGCACUGAAAAGAUCCUUUGAUGUUGAAGAUGUGGAUGAGAUCCCAAGUUUCUCCCCUUCCUCCACCCUCAAUUCCCCAUUCAGCCCCACCCCCACCUUGAACAAGUCCAAUGACGGAAGAGGCCCGACAAACCACACCCCUCCAUCCUACCAAUCACGGAUCAGCAUCGGCUCCAGCCCUGCCCAGAGCCCAGUGCUGAAGAACAAAAUCGUCAGCAGCCUCUCCUUCAACCGCGGAACCUCAGGCAUGUUCAAAACCAAUGGCAACACAGGUUCCGGAAUCAGCCGGGCCCAGUCCUUCCAGAGCAGGUUUAACCCCAACGGCUUCUCUUCUUCCUCUGCCCUCGGGAGCGACAACGACAGCCUGCACAGCUCUUCCUCAAGCCUCGACUACCAGGCUUCUUCCAAGCUGAGCACUGCGGGCCUACCCCAGAGCUCCACAGGGAGGAGCGAGUACAGGACCCAGGGUCUGGUCGGCCCUGCCUUGAAGAAGUUCUCCUCGCAUGGUAACGUGUACCGCUCAGAAGUGGAGGCUCCCUUAGUCACGGCCACCGAGCCGGCUGGCAUCAGCCAUGGUUCCAUGCCUUCCCUGGACUUUCAGAGUGGGGGGGUCAGAGGCCUGGCCUCCCGGUAUGGCCAGACAGGGACAUCCUGGAGCGCCGCCCCCCACCUUCAGCAGAGGGAGCCGUCCUUCUCGACCCGCCACCAGGCCCCGAAACCCAAGGAGCCGGCAAAGCUCAACAAGUUCCCAUUGGAUCUGGAUACACUGGUGUCCAGGUCUCAGGGGCCUUCGGCUGAGGCCCCCAAACCACCCCCCAGGUCUCACCCCAAGCCAGUCAGCGCUCCUGUUCCUGCCAGCCCUGUAGUGUCCACCAGCAGCUUAGAUGGCACAGGCACGGGGUCGUCCCACAGCAACAGUGACCAGUCAGAGCCUGCAUCCGCCCCAGGACCUUUCCCAGUCCCCAGCGUCAUGCCAUCUCCUGUCCCACUCUCCCCAGCUCAAACCCCCGAGCUCACGCUGGUCACUCAGCCACAGGUCGUCCAGCUUGCCUCUGCAUCACCUCCGCCUUCAACCCCUGAGACAGUCUCCAGUGAGAAAACACCACAUGCUGAUGUGAGCCUGGUAUCACCGAGUAAGGUAGUGUCACUGGCCAGAGGUAGCGUGGAAUUGUCUGAUAAAGAAGUGCCAACAGUCAAUGAGAGUGUGGGAUUGCCGGAUAAAGAGGUGCCACGAGCUAAUGAAAGCACUGGGUCGCCUACCCAGGAAGUGCCACCAGCUAUUGAGAGUGUUGCAUCACCUGUUAAGGAAGUUCCAAGAGCCAAUGAGGGUGUGGGAUCGCCUGAUAACGAGGUGCUACAGGCCAGUGAAGGCACUGCUCCGUCUGUCCAGGAAGUGCCCCAGACCAAUGAGAGCGUGGGUUCCAUACUCCAGAGGAUCGCCUCCUUUUCACGGGUUGACGACACAGGGCCCACCCCCAAGGCGGACGAUUUCCAAAGCAACAGGGCAAAGUGGGAGGAGCCAGCCUUGAAACAGAAGGAGCCUGAGAGAGAAGAGGACACAACGCAGGCCCUGGAGCCCGAAGUCCGGAUGGCUGAGCAGGAGGCGGAACCAGAGCCAGAGCCAGAGGCCCCGCCCCCUCUCCCCAGAGAACCCAGCCCAGACGGGUGUGUCAUGGGCCCAGAGCUGUUUGGCUAUGUGGGGAUCGAGGCCGUGCUGGACCAAAUGAGACGCAAGGCCAUGAAGACUGGCUUCGAGUUCAACAUCAUGGUUGUAGGACAGAGCGGCCUUGGAAAGUCCACGCUGGUGAACACGCUCUUCAAAUCCAAAGUGAGCCGGAAGUCUUGCACGCCCAACUACGAGGAGAAGAUCUCAAAGACUGUGAACCUCCAGUCUAUCAGCCAUGUCAUCGAGGAGAGGGGCGUGAAAAUGAAGCUAACAGUCAUCGACACCCCGGGUUUCGGAGACCAGAUCAACAACGAAAACUGCUGGGAGCCCAUAGUGGAAUACAUCAACGAGCAGUAUGAAAAGUACCUGACGGAGGAGCUCAAUGUCAACAGGAAGAGGAGGAUCCCGGACACAAGGGUCCACUGCUGCGUCUACUUUCUGCCGCCCACCGGCCACUGGUUGAGACCCAUAGAUGUGGAGUUCAUGAAGAGGCUGGGCAUGAUCGUGAGCAUCGUCCCUGUGAUUGCCAAGGCCGACACGCUCACCAUCGAGGAGAGGCUGGAAUUCAAACAGAGGAUAAGACAUGACCUCCAGGCCAAUGGGAUCAGGGUGUACCCGCAGGCAGAGUACGACGAAGACGCAGAGGACAGGAUAAUGAAUGAUAAAAUAAGGGAAAAGAUUCCCUUUGCGGUGGUUGGAACAGACAAGGAGCACCAGGUCAACGGGAACAAAGUCCUUGGCAGGAAGACCAAAUGGGGAAUAAUUGAAGUGGAGAAUGUCACACACUGUGAGUUCGCAAACCUGAGAGACCUGCUCAUCAGGUCCCACCUGCAGGACUUAAAGGACGUCACCCACUACAUCCACUAUGAGACGUACAGGGUCAGGAGACUCAACGAAAGCAACCUCAACGGACAGGGACUUUCAACUUUGACCCCCAUGAACGGGACCACAGAAAAGAGUGAGGGGGGGAACCACCUCUGAGAGAGGCGGAGGAGUAAGCGGGAAGAUUUUUGGAGACCUCCGUCCCUUGCCCCCACCAGACUGCAGUACGGACCGGCCACUGUCCACCAAUCAAAAUGGGAGAGAAAAAGACAUUUUUUUUUAAAGUUCCAUCGCACCUUGGAAACUCACCGCUAUUUUCGCAUACACGUUACUGCUAAGGAAAGCAUAUAUUCCUUUCUUCAUUAUGAAUAAAAAUGUAUAUGAUUUUUUUUGUUUUGUUUUGAAAGGGGAAGCAAAGCGCUUUGCCCACGUCUGAAGCGCGCGCUUAGCGGAAAAACACAUCGCCAGGCAAAAAAAUUGUAAAAGGACACUUUGAUUGGUGCAUGGCUUUUUGUUACUGAUACACAAGGGUUCACUUCCAGAUCCUCCUUCUGACCAUUGGAUCAAAGUAGGAAACUGGAAAUGCAUUACAGCCCUAAUGGACACGUGACCAUCAAUAACACAAAUGCAAUUAAGGCUUUUAAUCUAUUUCCUGUUUUUUGAUUGAUUUGAUUGGCUAAUAUUCUGUCCACUUUGUUUUUCACCCCCACAGAGCACCUGGGGUUGACAGCUGAAAUUUAUCAGCCAACCUUAUAGUUAUCAUUUAGUAAGCUCGUUGCAUACAAGCUUCAAAUUCUUGCCUCAGUAUUUUGCAGAGUCAAGUAUAUGAAAAGGAAACACGGCAAAGGUGUUUGGUUGUUCUUUAAAAGCACACACAUCAAUUCAUUGACAAGGCUGAUUAAGAGCCAUAUUCUGCAUCCAACCAAACCCUUUCCACAGGUUUUAAUUUUCAUACACAAUCUCUUUGCAAGCUCUCUGAAAGCAGAGGCCAUUUAAUGCAAGGCGAAGUUACCGUUGCUGAUUUUUAUAUACCCAUUCCUUUAUAAUGAUUGCUGUUUCAUGACUCAAGACACAACUCCCUCGUGUGACGCUUCAAUAACAAGGCGGCUUCUGCAGGGACUUUCUGAUGCAGUGUAAAAGAAAUGAACCUUGUGUCUUCCUUAUGUUCGUCUGCCCUUCUACUGUGUCUCCCUUUGGUAGUAUUGGCGUGAAUGUCAGUCCAGCCGUUUCAUAUAGAAAGGGAGCUAUAGGUGUCACACUCAAUACCUGAGGGGUGGGGUGGUGGCUGUGUAUGUUGGCUGUCUCUCCAUCCUGUCCUCUGCAUUGUUUAAUCAGGGCCCACAGUUUUCCCCACUGAUAAAACAUGUCUUAAGUCCUGUGCCCAAUAAGCAUGUUGCAAAAUGCACAGGUGUAAAUGUUAAUUGAUAAUUAAAUAAUCUGACCAUUUAAAUCAUGGGGUUUGGUUGGCAUAACAACCAGUACACAGUGCAUGCCAUCUCCCAAGGAAUUGAGGGGCUGUUCACUGCUUGUGUGGACAAGUAGGUUCCAGGAGGGCCGCUGCGCAUGCUGGUUUUUGUUUCAAGCCAAUUAGACUAAUCAAGACUAAUUAGCUAAUUGGCUGUGUGCAUGCGUAAUGUUCAGUCCUAUGUUACCACAGUGAUGCCACAGUACACAGUUUUAGCUAAGGAUACGAGCACAGUGUUCAGAUGUUGUUUGAGGUUUUAUCGACUAUGUCAGAACAAGUAAGUGAUUGGGAUAGUGAAAUAUUCGACAGCAGAAACUGACCUGAAAUCCAGACAUACAUCGGUCCUCCUCAUAGACCUCUGAUUAAGCAUGCUGUUCAUUAGGGCAGAUUAAAUUUCUGGUGGGCCCAAGGUUGAACAGAACCCCCCAACCCCUGAAAAAAUAUAUAUGUGCGCAGUAUACAAAGAGCACAGGCAUUCUUCACAAAUAUUCACAAAUAAACAGCUUUUUAUGUGCAA